GCCAGAUCAACUUGGGGUAAAUCAGCUGUUUUAUUUGUUUUUAUUUGCUGAUUAAAAUGGGUUCCUUACUCUUUGAUAUUAAAUUAAAGAGAGAGAAUAAGGUUUACCAUGAAAAUGACAUGCUGUUGGGCUGCGUUCAGUUCCAGUGCUCGCAAGAAACGAAACAUGAAGGAAUUAUGUUGUAUCUUGAAGGAAUCGUUAAUCUGCAAUUAAGUGCCAAAACUGUGGGCUUAUUCGAUGCUUUUUAUAACUCCGUGAAGCCCAUUAAUUUGUUGCAGAAUAGCCUGGAGCUAUCUGCCCCUGGAAAACUGAGCGCCGGUCGCUCGGAGUUCCACUUCGAAUUGCCUUUGGUGUGCAAAAAGGAACCGCGAAUACUUUAUGAAACAUACCAUGGUGUUUUUAUCAACGUUAAUUACCAGCUCAAUUGCACUGUGAAGCGAAAUUUCUUGGGCAAAUCCAUGACAAAAAUCCAACAAUUCUGCGUGCAGUAUAAACCAGUAGCAUUGGGCGAGGAUUCCCUAAAGGUUGUGCCCUUCAGCUUGAGUCCAGACUCGCUUCAAAAGAAUGCCAGCGCCAAGGAGAGACUGUCUAUGCCGCGAUUCCUGAUCACAGGACGUCUGGAUCGAAGUGAAUCCUGUGUAACUACCCCGAUCACGGGCAGCAUUACUGUUCAACACACGGAGGCUGCUAUUAAGUCCAUUGAAAUGCAAUUGGUUCGGGUGGAAACCUGCGGUUGCGAUGAGGGUUAUUCCAAGGAUGCUACCGAAAUCCAAACGAUACAAAUAGCAGAUGGCAAUGUGCUGCCGAAAUUAGAGCUCCCCAUCUAUAUGGUCCUGCCAAGAUUGUUCACCUGCCCUACGCUCCUCACCAAGAACUUCAAAAUCGAAUUCGAACUGAAUCUGGUUGUGGUAUUUAAAGAGGACUACACUGUUAGUGAGAACUUUAAAAUAGUCUUAAAACGGUCGGCUGGCCCACUGCUCAGCAAAAUUACUACAGCAGGACGUUAAUAAAAUUACCAAUUAAAUAUGGCAGCUUUUUUGUUAAUAUAAAUAACAAAUCGAAAAUGUAAUAAUGUAACCUUUUCAUUUAAAUGCAUACCACUUAAACAUAUUUCAAAAAUAUACUUUGUGAAGAAUCUUCAGAAUGGUAACUUAUGUAUUAUUAAAACUUAGUCAGAGGAACAAAUAUACAAUACAAAAUCGA